GGAACCGGAACCGGCCGCAGCUCGGGGGCGGGGCUUCGCUGGCGGCAGCUGCGGUCCGGGCGGCGGCGGCCGAGGUGGCAGGACCCCGGACAGCCGCUGCAGCUCGGCUCCCCAUGGUGCGGGGCCGCGGCCAGGCCGCUGGAGGAGCCCGAGGCCUGGGCCGCCCCGGCUGACUGCGCGGGCCCGCGCGGCUCGGCGCGCCGCUCCCGUCGAGCCCCUCCGCGGCGCGGGCCGGCCCGCAAUGGGGUCGCUGUUCCGGAGCGAGACCAUGUGCCUGGCGCAGCUCUUCCUGCAGUCGGGCACAGCCUACGAGUGCCUCAGCGCCCUGGGCGAGAAGGGCCUGGUCCAGUUCCGAGACCUCAACCAGAAUAUAAGUUCUUUCCAAAGAAAAUUUGUCGGUGAGGUGAAGAGGUGUGAAGAACUAGAGCGGAUAUUGGUUUAUUUAGUGCAGGAAAUUAACAGAGCUGAUAUUCCCCUUCCUGAGGGAGAGACCAGUCCUCCUGCACCGCCUCUUAAACAGGUUCUAGAAAUGCAGGAGCAGUUACAGAAGCUUGAGGUUGAACUGAGGGAAGUCACCAAGAACAAGGAGAAACUGAGGAAGAACUUGCUGGAACUGAUUGAGUACACGCACAUGCUGAGAGUGACAAAAACCUUCGUGAAACGCAACGUCGAGUUUGAACCCACUUAUGAAGAAUUCCCUCCCUUAGAGAAUGAUUCUUUGUUGGACUACAGCUGUAUGCAGAGGCUGGGGGCAAAACUGGGAUUUGUGUCUGGCUUAAUUCACCAAGGAAAAGUUGAAGCAUUUGAAAAAAUGCUGUGGAGAGUCUGCAAAGGGUACACCAUUGUGACCUAUGCAGAACUGGAUGAGUCCCUCGAAGACCCUGAAACGGGAGAAGUCAUAAAAUGGUAUGUGUUUUUAAUAUCCUUUUGGGGAGAACAGAUUGGCCACAAGGUUAAGAAGAUAUGUGAUUGUUACCACUGCCACGUGUACCCCUACCCACACACCGCCGAGGAGCGGGAGGAGAUCCAGGAGGGGCUGAACACUCGGAUCCAGGAUCUGUAUACUGUGCUCCACAAGACUGAGGACUAUUUACGGCAAGUGCUGUGCAAAGCCGCCGAGUCUGUCUACACCCGCGUCAUCCAGGUGAAGAAAAUGAAAGCCAUUUACCACAUGCUGAACAUGUGCAGCAUCGACGUGACUAACAAGUGCCUCAUCGCCGAGGUCUGGUGUCCUGAGGCGGAUCUGCAUGAGCUGCGCCGGGCGCUGGAGGAGGGCUCGAGAGAGAGUGGUGCUACAAUCCCCUCGUUCAUGAACGUAAUCCCGACGAAAGAGACGCCCCCGACUCUAAUCCGCACCAACAAGUUCACCGAAGGCUUUCAGAACAUCGUGGAUGCCUAUGGCGUUGGCAGCUACCGCGAAGUGAACCCAGCUCUUUUCACCAUCAUCACAUUCCCGUUUCUGUUUGCUGUGAUGUUUGGAGACUUCGGGCAUGGCUUUGUGAUGUUCUUAUUUGCCCUCUUGUUGGUGUUAAAUGAAGACCAUCCCAGACUAAACCAGUCUCAGGAGAUCAUGAGAAUGUUUUUUAACGGGCGCUACAUCCUGCUGCUCAUGGGGCUGUUCUCCGUGUACACCGGCCUCAUCUACAACGACUGCUUCUCCAAGUCCGUGAACCUGUUCGGCUCUGGGUGGAACGUGUCUGCCAUGUUCAGCUCCAGCCACUCCCCGACAGAGCACAAGAAAAUGGUGCUUUGGAACGACAGCACCGUGCGGCACAGCAGGGUUUUGCAGUUGGAUCCGAGCGUCCCUGGCGUGUUCCGCGGCCCUUACCCUCUUGGCAUUGAUCCUAUUUGGAACUUGGCCACAAAUCGCCUCACUUUUCUAAACUCUUUCAAAAUGAAAAUGUCUGUGAUCUUAGGAAUUAUUCACAUGACUUUUGGAGUCAUUCUGGGAAUAUUUAACCACUUGCAUUUCAGGAAGAAGUUCAAUAUUUACUUGGUUUCCAUUCCAGAACUUCUCUUCAUGCUCUGCAUCUUUGGAUACCUCAUAUUUAUGAUCGUCUACAAGUGGCUGGUUUUUUCAGCAGAAACCUCCAGAGUUGCUCCUAGCAUUCUGAUUGAAUUUAUUAAUAUGUUUUUAUUCCCAGCCACUGAAACAAAUGGGCUCUACACAGGGCAGGAGCACGUCCAGAGAGUGUUGCUAGCUGUCACAGCAUUGUCUGUCCCCGUCCUCUUCUUGGGAAAGCCACUCUUUCUGUUGUGGCUACACAAUGGGCGCAGUUGCUUUGGGGUAAGCCGGAGUGGCUACACACUUGUGAGGAAAGACAGUGAGGAAGAAGUUUCUUUGCUGGGAAGCCAAGAUAUAGAAGAGGGACACAACCAAAUGGAAGAUGGAUGUAGAGAAAUGACAUGUGAAGAGUUCAAUUUUGGAGAAAUACUCAUGACCCAAGUCAUCCACUCCAUCGAGUAUUGUCUUGGCUGCAUCUCCAACACCGCAUCCUACCUGCGGCUCUGGGCGCUCAGUCUGGCACACGCACAGCUGUCCGAUGUGCUGUGGGCCAUGCUGAUGCGCGUGGGCCUCCGCGUGGACACCGCGUUUGGGGUCUUGCUGCUGCUCCCGGUGAUCGCGCUCUUUGCAGUGUUGACCAUUUUCAUCCUUUUGAUCAUGGAAGGGCUUUCUGCGUUUCUUCACGCCAUACGCCUCCAUUGGGUAGAAUUUCAGAACAAAUUCUACGUUGGUGCAGGCACCAAAUUUGUUCCUUUCUCAUUCCGCCUACUUUCAUCCAAGUUCAACACGAACGACAGUGUGGAAUGAUCAUCCUGCUGUACCCAGCCCGCUUUCGAGUUUAUGGAGAAGUAUCAUGUUAUAGAAUUUCACUUACGUCAAACUUGUGAUAGGAAAAAUUCCGUCUUCAUUGAUUGCCUUAUGAUAUAGCCAAAUAAUUCUGUAAGAUAUACCUCUUCCUCCUAUGUUAAAUAUUUUGUAUAGUUUACCAAUUUCAGGUAUAUAAAUUUCUUUUGGUUUUUAUGAUGAGCAAAUAUAAGUUUAUGCCAACUGUUAUGUUAAAGUUGUUUUUUAAAAUAUAGUAUUGGGGGAGAGAAGCCAAUUUUGGAUGGCUAAUUAAAAAAUGGUCUUAGAUACUUGAUUCCUUUAAACUUUAUUAAAAAAAACAAAGUUAUUCUGUCACCUGAAGUUGUCAGAUAAUAUUUUCCAACUGCUGAGUAGGCAUGAUUUUUAAAAAAAUUUAAUGACGGAUUAUCAAGAGAUUCACAUUUAUUCUGCUUGAUUAAAAAAUAUGCAAAUGUUUUUUACAUAUGCUCUCUAGAAUAACAAGUAGAGGAUUCUUUCUACAAUUUUGUUUUAAUAAUUCCAGGAAAUGGGAUAAAAUAUUAUAAAACAUACAACAAAUGGUUAUCCCAUUUGUAUAUUUUUUUAAAGACUCUUAUCCUGUUACCCUUUCAUAAAACCAAUUACGAUCAUUGUAUGUUUGGAAAGAUAAACUGUAUACUGAGCCUUAAAACCCAGUUUGAUUGUAGAAGAUCUAGUAGGAAUAUAAAAUUUGAACUUAGUGACCAGCUUGGCUGAUGUUACCGAACAAAAAGGAUUUAUACUGAGUGAAGGAAGGGUAAAAAGUAGUAUUUUGUAUAUUUUUUAUAACAAAAUAUAAAGAUAUUUUACCACGAAGAGAUUGCACUUAUCCUUGAAAACAGUUUAAUUAUAAUUUUUUAUUUUCAGACUAUUUCUAAAUAAAGGUCUGAUAAAGGCAUUUAGAGUUAAUUUAAACCUUCAAACACUAUUUGGAUCAGUUGAAAACUAUUAAUCUUACUGCGCCAUUAAUUUAUAAUCCUUCAUUUAAAUUCAUCUAUUCACUUGACAUUUAGUUUUAUGUGAAUUUGAGUGAGUUUUAUUGAAUGUUUUGAUCUAUACUGUAAUCUUGUAAAUUGUGUUCAUUUUUCAUAUUUUACUUUAAUUGAUUUUAGGUAAUUAUUUUCACUUCCUUAAAAUUUCGAGUAACACAUGUUAAAGGCCCAUCUGCCCCCCUACUCCUUCAUCCUGCUUAGUAGUGGAGACUUCGGCGCUUUCACGACAAGCGACAUUAUGGCAGCACUGCGUUUAAGGAGAUCUUUGCAGGUAGUUUCAAGGCCUGUUUGGGAGAGGCAUGAGCUGAA